UUGAGAGGACAUAAAAAAAUACAUGCAGAUGCCGACAUUUUAACAUUAUGUGGUCGAGAAAACCAACAUAAACAUCGCACUUAAUAAGGGCAAAUCACGCGCUUUCUUAGAAAAAAGGCAAAAAGUGAGCAACACAUUGGGUCCAAUUCAUGAACAGACUCCGUUGGCUGCAUUCCAAGGAUACUUUUGAAAUAGUUAUAUUUAUCUAUUACUAUUGAAGUGGAUUUAGAUAUUGUGGAGGAAUUAGGCUACCAGAGCCCCUAACAUUGGCGAGAGACUUCAGCACCUAGGACAGCGACCGUUCCCCCACAGAUGACAACGCUGAGAUCCUCAAUGACCAAUAUUACUCAGCACAGCUUCUGCAAGUUUGGCAAUAAGCCUCGCUUGCAACCACUACUUAUCUUAAUACCAGAACCAUGAACCAGACAGUCUCUCUUCAGCCAGAGCAAGAGGUCACAUUGCACACCAGUUAACACACCAGAGACCGGGCGGGGUAAGCAGCCACAAUGGCCACACCAAAUGUAUGUUUUGGAUUACUUGCGGUCUUAUUUAAGAAAGAGAAUGCCAAUGAUAUGCUGUCCUGUCCAGUCCCGUCUGCCUAAUCUGGCUGGACUGAUGGCACUGAUAAAAAAAUAACCUUCCACAUGAUGUGGUCAAGCUGGGGCGGAGACACAUCCAGACCCUUGGACUACCAGAGACCCAAGGGCAAAGGACCUUUACCCUACCCCGGUACAACCCGUGGCUGGAAAUCCCUAAAUUGUCCGGUGGCACCCCAACCCCGAAUCAGGACAACCAUUCUUGGUACCUCUGUUGUCAGGAAGGCCAGCUAUCCUCAAGCUGCGCUAAUUAGGAUUUUCCCAGGCAGUCAGUGAACUCCUCCUCACCAGUAAGCCAGGAGAAGACUCAGGUCAAACCUUCUCUCAAUUGCAACAGGCUGAUGAGGUGGAAGCCCAGAUUCCAGGGCGGUUUGCCCCUGACCAGCUGAAUGAGUCCAGCCUGUGACUUGCAUGGAGGAGUGGAUCGGUGAUCGAGGAAGAGCUCCAGGGAUGGAGUAGUUACUCAAAGCUCCUAAUGGCUCGAGUCUGGCUCUUGGUCAGCACAUGCAGAAAGCCCAUGAGGAACAGGCACAGAAAACCAACCCGGAUGCAGCAGUCUCAGAGUUCCAGACUGGUGAGAAGGUCAGGACCAUGAAAACUCGUAGUCAGUGCAGAAGCGGAGUCAGUUUCUUUGAGAGGCUGCCAUCCGAGGUGUUCGACAUGAUUCUGCGAAGACUCACUGUCCUUGAAGUAAGCGUUUUCAGCAUGGUGUCGAAGGCAAUGAGUUGCCAAAUUGUGGACCACGUCUCCACCAUGGCCUGGGCCAAAAGAAUGAUCCCUCAAAACUUUCACCACUCAAGAUUUCCUGAUGACAAGCAAUCUACCUAUCGACACUACAAAGCUCUAGGCUUGUUGUUCAAGAGAUGCACCUUGUUAUUACCAACCAAGGACAGAUUGAAAUUUAUCCACACAAAGUUCUCAAAGAUCCCAUGUUUCAUGAUGCAGUGUAAGCCUACUGCAGCUAGCUGCCUUGGCUUCUCCAGCUAUGGUGUCUUCCUUCAGACCCUUAUUGCAGGAUGGAAUGAGCUGGAAUGCCACAGAGUGUUCAUCUUCCUGUGCGACUUCACAGACCUUCCAAGAAAAAUGGAGAUUGUAGUCAAUGGAAGACCAGGAGCGAGUCGAUACCUAGAGCUGCAAAUUAGACAGUUCUGUCGUCAGGUUCUCCUUGACCCAUGGUCAAGCCGCAAAGAAUGUGGGUUUUGGCUGACACAAAUCCUGAAGCCCUGGCCCAUGGUUAGCCAGGCACGUCUGCUCUUCAUCCUGUACGGGCCCUUGCUACCAGAUGGUUCUCUUGGCUGGCAGCAGCUGACAAGUACUGUGCUGUCAAGCAGUGCCCUUUCGGACCUGGCCAAGGCUGUUCUCCUGCUUCAUACAGACUUGGAACUCAAAGACUGGAACACUAGCACCAUCUUGGCCAUCCUUGAAGAGAUUAGGGUCCUGCCACAGGUUUGGCGUGUGGAGAACGUAGCUCGGCUGCUGGUCCUGUGCGGCACCACUCUGUGCUACAGCGUCCUGGCUAACAAGGCCCACAAUGGAAGGCUCUUUGAGAUUUCAAAACUCCUUGUUUAUCUUAUCCUGGUGUGUGAAAAGGAUGGCUACUGCAUGAGCUGGGUGGUGACGCUGGUUCAGCAGGUAUGCAAGGUCUUCACCGCUGCUGCUGACAAGUGGUCCUUCAUCCAAAGCCUAGAAAACAUGUUUUCUGAGGUUACCAUGGAAAUAUACGAGGCCUCCCUUGCAGGAAACCCACAGGAGGACUUGGAGAGCUUCCAAACGCUGUGUUCCAUCCUCGGCUCCAGCGCACACUUUCACACAGAGAUACUUCACAUGUUCCUCAAAGAGUAACGCUAGGAGUUCAGAGGUGGGCUCAUUCAUUCAGGAGGAAAUGUCAGCAGGAAGUCUGCUUAGGGGGGUGAAUGAACCACGCAAAUUAGAUUGAGCGGCAUUCAAUUAUAUGUUAAGAACCUUAGCAAUGGACAAAGUUUAUAAUAUUGCCUGAUUUCUUAGACAGCAUAUAUUUAUUACAUAUUUAUUCAGUGUGUGUGUAUAUAUAUAUAU